AUGGUCACAAAUCGAAAAUUUCGGUCCGCCGGUCCCCCGCCGCCAGCGACCACCCUCGUACUCGACAAUGGCGCCGACACCAUCAAAGCCGGCUUCGUAGCUGGCGGAAAGGCUAGCGAACCCCGAAUUAUUCCCAACUGCAUCGCGCGCGAUCGCCACAAGAAAUUGUAUGUCGGCUCCGAGCUGGAAAGAUGUAGAGAUUUCGGCGAGAUCGCAUUUCGCCGGCCGGUAGAGAAGGGGUUCAUCGUAAACUGGGAAGCGCAAAGGGAAAUAUGGGAUCGCGAGUUCUUCGACGACACGGCGCCUCAGGAAUGUGACCCUUCCGAGACCCGACUCAUUCUCGCCGAACAACCGAACUCCCUGCCGGCCUUGCAAACGCACUGUGACCAGAUGGUGUUCGAGGAGUUUGGGUUUGCCAGCUACUAUCGCGGCAUUGGUCCCUCGUUCAAUGCAUACCAAGACGUACAAGCGGUCUUCCGAACACCGAGGGAACCCGAUACGCCAGUUGAGAUCCCGGCCGAAGUCAUUCUUCUCAUUGACUCUGGGUAUUCCCACACCACUGUCACGCCUAUCCUCCAAGGCCGGCCGCUACACCAAGCCAUCCGGAGACUGGACGUUGGCGGCAAGCUGCUGACCAAUUACCUCACCCGUUUGCUCUCGAUCCGCCACUUUGACAUGCGCAACGAGACCUACAUUGUGAACGAGAUGAAAGAAGCCGUCUGCUACGUCUCGCUCGACUUCAAGGGCGAUUUGGAAAAGUCGUGGAAGGGCACCCGGGGCGAGCGGCGGGAGGACUAUGUGAACGGCGCCGGCGUGGCUAAGGACUACGUGCUGCCCGAUUCCCACACCCGGUUCCACGGUAUCGUCAGGGAGUACGAACCCGGGGCCUCGUCACGUGCCCGCAAGGGGGCUGUCGUGUCUACCGAGGACGUGCUGACGCUGCGGAACGAACGCUUCGCCGUCCCCGAACUGCUGUUCAACCCCUCGGAUAUCGGCAUGCGGCAGCCGGGGCUGGCAGACUUGGUCAUGCAGUCGCUCUCUGUGCUGCCCAUCGGCCUGUGGCCGGGCCUGUUGGCCAAUAUUGUGGUUGUGGGCGGGAACGCCAAACUAGACAAUUUCAUUCAGCGGUUGCAGAUGGAGUUGCUGGAGAGGGUGCCUGAUGAGUGCGUUGUUCGGGUGGCUCGUCCAGCGGACCCAAUAACGAGUACUUGGCAAGGGGCUGCCAACUUUGCCAUGCACGAGCAUGUUGAGCAGCUGGCUGUUACGAAGCGGGAGUACGAGGAGUAUGGUGCUGGAUGGGUCGCCAGGAAGUUUGCUGCCGGUCUUGGUGUCAGCUCCUGA